CAGUAGCCUUCGCCGGGACUCUCCGAGGGUGCCGCUGCCGCUCUGCAGCCGUCGCCGCCACCACCCCUUUCCCCGCAAAGAGUCAACUGAAGGCGGCGGGACCUCGCUGGGCGCGCUUGCCCCUUUGGACGGCUGGCUCUCCGCGCGAGCCUUGCAAUUUUGGGAUUCUCCACUUUGGGACAGCCUCGCCUUAGCGGCUGCAGAAAACGAGGCAGAGGAGCGAAGACGCUGGGCGAGCGAGCGGUGGCCCCUUCACGUGAGAAGCACAUGAUGGCCGUAGUUCUGCUAAUUUCCACUCUUGCCUUCAGCUUCGCAAAUGGAAUAAAACUACAAGAUUUCAGUUGGCAGUUUAAAAAAAUACCAAAGAUUGUGAAGGAAAAGACGUUCUUCCUUGACACUCCUAAAUAUGAAGCCAGUGCCAAAUUAGAACUGAGCGGAGUGUGUGGGAUUGAAUGCCAAAGGACAUUGCCAGUGCCACAUGGGUCUGAUCUGAAGGAGUUGCUUUCCUAUGAGACAGUCUUUGAGAAUGGCACGAGGACCUUGACAGAAGUGGAGGUUCUCGGAAUGGAGCCCGAUGCAGUUGUAAACAUUACUAAGAUGCCAACAAGAAGGAAGAGACAGGUCUAUGGCACAGACAGCAGAUUCAGCAUUUCAGACACUCAAUUUCUAACCAACUAUCCUUUUAACACCGCCGUAAAGAUCUCCACGGGCUGCAGUGGCAUCCUUAUUUCUCCAAAGCAUGUACUCACUGCUGCCCAUUGCGUGCAUGACGGUAAAGAUUAUAUUAAAGGCAGCAAGAAACUGAGAGUGGGGCUGUUGAAGCUGAAAUCCAAAGGCAGCGGCAAGAGACACAGGGGGGCCAAGAGGAGUAAGAGGGACUUGCCAGAAGUCAAAGAGGAUGAGGUUGACUCCAAAAUCCAGAAAAGGAGAUCUGGCAGUAGAGCUGGGAGAAAACAACAAAAGACACCUGCGUUGAAUGAGAGGAAGUCAGAGCGUAAGCCGUCCUUCCAGUGGACCAGAGUUAAAAGUACUCAGAUCCCCAAAGGCUGGACAACGGAUAUGACAAGAGAUGUUGCGGUUGAUUAUGACUAUGCUGUUUUGGAACUCAGGCGUCCCCACAAGAAGAAAUACAUGGAACUUGGCAUCAGCCCGAAUAGCAAGAUGAUUCCUGGAAAUAUGAUCCACUUUUCUGGAUACGAUGCAGAUCGAGCUGGCCAACUGGUUUAUCGCUUUUGCAGCAUAUCUGAUGAAUCCAAUGAUCUCUUUUACCAGUAUUGUGAUGCUGAGCCUGGUUCUACUGGUUCAGGAAUCUACCUCCGCCUUAAAGAACCGAACAAGAAGAAAUGGAAACGCAAAAUUAUUGCCAUUUACUCUGGUCAUCAGUGGGUGGAUGUUAACGGAGAACAACAGGAUUACAAUGUUGCAGUUCGAAUUACACCCCUCAAAUAUGCUCAGAUUUGCCUCUGGCUAGGGAACAACGACUCCUGUGCACAGGGCUAAUGAUAAUGCAGGAUCACCUAAUAUCUAGUAGUGUUAGGCAUUGGAAAGUCAUACAUUGACUUGCUUUGAUUGUAUUUGAACACAAUGCCAGAAAUUAGAUUUUUUUUUGUAUUGAGGAACAAAAAGAAACAAACACCUCAGCAUUUAUGAGAAUUUCUCUGCUAGGUUAAUUAAGUUAACGAUAGACAUGAGGUGCACUUAAAUCCCAGGUUGCGUAUGUAUGUACCGUAUUUUUUGGAGUAUACGACGCACUGGAAUAUAAGACACACCAAGGUUUUGAAGAGGCAAAUUUA